AGCUUCCCAUUUCCUCUGAAGACUAGGAGUGCUCACUUUUUCCCAGACGCCUUGGACGGCAAAGAAAAGAGUUUCACUGCUCGUUUCUUUUUCGCCUGCUCAAUCCUGUCAAUCCAGUGAAGAUUCAAAAAACAUAAAUGACUGAGCAAUGAGAUCUCUGCAGACACGGCCUCUUUCCUUGCUGCUUGUUAUUGCAGUGCAUUGUUCUAACUCACUCGAAGACAACAAGAUCCCCAGUUUGUGCACAGGAAGCCCAGGCAUCCCAGGAUCCCCUGGGUUGCAUGGCAGCCCCGGUCAGCCUGGCAGGGAUGGACGAGAUGGUCGUGACGCUCAAGCCGGAGAGAAAGGGGAAAGAGGAGACAGAGGAGAACCAGGUCAUCCGGGGGAGAGGGGCCUUAUGGGAGACAGAGGAGAUCCAGGAGAAAAGGGAGAGAGAGGAACCCCGGGCGAGUGUGCGGUGGCCCCCAAAUCUGCUUUUAGCGCCAAACUGUCUGAAUCCCGCACAAACCCAUUGGCGGUAGGAGAUGCAGUGCGUUUUGACAAAAUCAUUCUGAAUGAGCAGGGGGAUUACAAUCCCGAGACGGGACGAUUCACCUGCAGAGUGCCGGGCGUCUACUACUUCGCUGUUCAUGCCACAGUGUACCGCUCCAGCUUGCAGUUUGACCUUAUAAAGAACGGACACACUGUGGCGUCCUACUUUCAGAUCUUUGGGAACUGGUCCAAACCAGCCUCGCUGUCUGGAGGAACACUAGUGCACCUGAUUCCAGGAGAUCAGGUGUGGGUGCAGAUGGCCCUGGGCGAGUACACCGGCUUUUACUCCAGUUCGAAGACAGACAGCACUUUCACUGGUUUCCUAGUGUACUCGGACUGGAAAAACUCUGCUGUUUUUGCAUAGAUUAGACACUGCAAAUAACUUUCUGUCCGUCUCAUGCAGGUUUUAUGAAUUAGUAAAACACUUUCAUGGGUAAGACAAAGGCCUUUGAUUGGCCUUCAUUUGCAAUAAUUUCAUUAGAAUCAGUUAUGAUCAGUAUUGCACAGAUGAUAUAAGCACAUGUAGUCAUACAGAGUAUAAUUACAGGAGUAUUUCCAUGCAAGUAAUUCAAGAUUGAAAGUCAUUAAUGUCACUACUACUUUGGAAAUAUGAAAUAUAAAAAAGGAAAAUACUAAAAAAGAAAACCUUCUGCUGU